CCUAAACUUUUGAGAGAAAGAAAAGAGUGAGCGAGUCAUAGAGAAGGAGCGAGCCCUCAGUUCAAUCUCGGGCUGCUUCAUGAUCAUUAGUCGUUUUUUGUGUAGAUAUUUUUAAACGUAAGCCAUGAGUGAUCACUCUAACGACGAUGAUGAUGAUUUCGUCAACCCUCGCUCUUCCACAAAAGCAAAGACUCCAGAAACGCCAUCCACUUCCUCCAAACGGAAAUUAACCACUCCCACCAGUAGUAAGGCAAAAGCGCCAAAGCAGAAGAAGGUUGAUGACGACGACGACGAGGAUGAUGGAAAGGAGGAAGAAUUACCAAGUUUCAAAUAUCUCAAACUGGACUCGGAUGAUGAGGACGAUGAGGAAGAGCUUGUUUCGAAAAAUGAGUGGCGAAUGGUGGAGGGAGCAACGAGAUAUUUGAGAGGUCAACCUACCAGUCUCCCCGAACGAGGUUACGUGAAUAGGAAAAUUGAUCUGCGUGAAGAUAAGAACGACAUUGUGUGGUGGGCAAUUAGUAAGGCUAUGAAAACCUAUAAGAAGAUGUCGAAUAAGUCUGAAGAUGAAGGAGAUAACAAACUGCGAGAGUUCUUCUGCAAAUUGGCAAGAGAGGUUGAUCAGGAUCAGGAAAUGGGGUCACAGCAGUCGACCACUUCCAAUCUCACUCCUCUUACCCCCCCAAUUAUUACAGGGAAAUAUCCCCCUCUUACUGCUGCAGAGAGAUUGGUCGCAGAGACCAAGAUAAGACAAGCGGGGUCAGACGGAUUGGAGAUUCCUGGGACAACGUCUAGAGUAGCGUUUUCACCACCAUAUCAAAACCGGAAAUACGGGUUAUUCGUUCGUAUCGCUACAACUACAAAGUGUUUGUUUAUUUAAUUGCGUGCGAACAAUAUCCACCAUUAUGGACCCGAACCCAAAGUGCUACUUUCACAAAGGAGAACAAAUUGGUUUCGUUUUGGCCCAGUUUACGGAUGGGGCCAAUAAGAAGAAUGACGUCAUCCUCCAUGUCAUUUCCUCUUUCAAGUAUAUUCAUGGGGAUAAUGAGGGGAGAUCACAAAACGCAACACGGUCAAUCAUCCUUCAGAAUCUGACGAAAUCCGAAUUGCCGUGGAAAUCAUACUCUAAAGAACGUGAAGCAGCCAAAAAACCAGCCGCAGAACUAGUUGAAAUACAGGAUCGUCGCCUAUACUUUGAUGAUGAAGACGAAAUGAUGAAAGUUUACGCAGCACGCCAGACUACGACACUCUUUCAACUACUUUUAUGGCCGGAUACUACAAUCAAAAUAAUAUGUCUCAACCUAGACAUUAAUCUUCCUAAUGGUGCGUAUAAGGAGUUGGUGGAGGAGAUGGAUCUUUGUGGUCUGGAAUUGAAGAUUCACGAUAAAUUGUCACCAUCAGCAGCAGCAGCAAUUGAUUUAGAAGCAGGUGAACAGAUUCCAUAUCUCUUACAUGCAAAACAUCGUGAAAAUAUUGGGGCAUUGUUGACGAGAGGAAGAAAGGAGAAUAAAGAGAAGGUUGCUGCAUUAUACUUUGUCUCCAAUCCCCACAUAAUUUAUGCUGGUCAAGCACUGAAUAGUAACGUGCAUACAAAGAAUUUGUAUGGAGACCCUGUACUUGUUUACAAAACUAACAAGCCCUCCACCCACCCGGAGCACAAGUUGGUCCCAGUAGGACUUGUUCGUGAAGAGGAGCGAUACAAAUGGGAAUGUCAUCUCCACAUUUGUGCCUUAAUAGCAUCUCUUCUAAAACUUAAGAAUUGUAUAACUCCAGACGAUUUUUCUGCCCAGUCUCACCCUCUUUGCAUAAAUAAGAAGAUCAAUUCAAGUUAUGUAGAUAAAAAGUCAUGGGGAAUUGUUCAUGGAAUUAUGAUGGAAAAGUUUUUAGUUGAUGUGUACCUAGGACCCAGGACGUCCGACUAGUAGUAAUGUUUAUGAUAAAUUGUAAUUUUUAAAACAGUUUCAUAUGAAUUGGUUUUCGGGUCUUUGAAGAUGAGAUAUUGAAGUGUAAAUAAAUGAAUUUAAUUGUUUUUACCGUAAUAAAUGGAAUGUAAACUGAA